UAUUCCUCUUACAGCCCACACACGCGAGCGCCUUCCUUCUCCUCUCUAACCACACCAAGGGGAAAGCAGAGGAUAUCCUUGCCUCACAUCAUGGCCUCCACACCUCCCACCAAUGGCCACGAACGCACCCUCCCCACCGCCGCCGACCUCCUCACCCGCUGCCAGCUUCUCCUCCAAGAACUAGAGACAUUCAAAACCUACCUCAAAUCCCGCAAACAAGACUCCCAAAUCGAAAUCGCUCAUUUCCGCAACACCGUAAAAUCAGAACAUCGCACCCUCCAACGCCUCUGCGAUCAAAAGGACGCACAAGCUACCCAACAUACCGUAAACAGCAGCAACUUGCCAUUUUUGGAAACGGUGUGGGGUGUGGUGAAGAGGGAGAGGGGGUUGCAGGCUAUGCAGAAGAGGUUUUAUUGGAGUGAAAAGGGGCAGAGGAGGGGCCAGAAGAAGCAAAAUUCUGCCUUGGUGGAUGUCGUUGCUGGGGAUGGGUUGAGCUGGAUCAAAGUCUCGCUGCUCACGAACAAUCGCUUGUUGUUCGACAAAGCGAAGUUGGGAUGGGAGGAUGGAUCUAGCUCUGAGGAAGAAGGAGAGGAUGAGGUUGGUGAAGAGCAAGGGAAGAAAGAAGACCAAUUGGAGAAUGGAGGUGAUGAAGAUGAUGUGCCGUUGGUCAAGAUGACAAAGGAUCUCGUCAGAGCGGCGAGGGAGGUCAAGAUCCGUACACGGAGUCCGAAAAUCACGUUGGUUCUGCCGAAGAUCAAGGAGGGCGAGGUGGAUGCCAUUGACAAGAUCCUCGACCAAUUGCGCAAACUCGGCGUCCAACUCAUCACCUCGAGCUCCGCCUUUUCUCCCAUCGACUUCGAAAAGGUCAUGCCACAUCUCUUGACCGACCCUUUCGAAGCAUUCACGUCCACACUGAAUAUCGACUGCACGAUCCUCCUCGCCCUCGUCAGUGACUUCAGCCACUGCUCAGUCGAAGCCGAGCCAUGGUUCCACCGCGCCCUCAAACGCCAAGUCGAAAUCGAAGAUGAGGAAAAUUUGCUUCCCAAUCUACUCUAUCCAGCUCUAGCCGACAGGGAGCUAGUCUGUACAGAUGAAGCCGCGAAGAGAAUGAGAGAAAUCGUGGAUACUAUCGGCACCGAGGGAGAAAAAGAACGCACCAAAUGGUUCAUGGGCGAUAUCGACGCUACCUCUGAGGAUGUCAGGGGUAAACUGACACAGCUUUCGAGGUUCACUUUACCUGCGAGCUUGCGCCUACCCAUCAAAACUCAAACCCCCGACUCAAUCUCUGACCCCACAACUACAACCACCCUCCCCCCUUCAGCCUCAAAAGUCUCCUCCCAACUCACCUCAAUAAACCAAAGCGUCUUCCUCCACGGCUGGUCCCGGAACAUCACAACCAUAACCAGCAACCGCACCGUCGUCAAGCAAAUCGAAAACAUCCUCGCAAAGGAAGCAAAGGAUGAAACCGAAUGGCCGUUGAUCUGGCUAUGUCCCACAGCCAGAAGUUUAGUCGGUAAAGAAAAAGGAAGAAGGGAGUGAGGAUAUAAAAGAGGGAAAUAGUUGUGCUCUAAGGACAAGCAUAGAUGAUCGGGUAUUUUCAUGUUUUCCUUCUGCAACCCGAGUGUCACUUUUGCGGGUCUGGUGAAUAGCUAUGGAAAGCAUGAUUGUCAUUGUCAUAAUGUUAUCCAACCUCCAGAUCCCAAAUCACACAGAUCUUGAAUACUAGGUAGAGAUACCGUAUACAUCCAGAAUCAGAAUCUGCGAGGGUGGACCGCUUAAGUGUACAUUCUUACCGACUUCCAUACUACAUGGAAGACAACAAACAACAAGCUGUAAUAGGCAGACACCCGGCAUAACAAACCUCGACACUUGGCACAAUCCAUUCUCCUCAAUGAUCUUAGAAGAAGAGUCAUAGUCAAGUCCACAGUACAGCGUACCCAGAGAAGUGGAAGCCCCCAGACCAAUGACCAAGUCAAUGUUUCCCUUGGACCCCAACA